ACGGCGUGAUACAGGCUUUAAACAAGACUUAUGGAUGUCGCAAGUCAAUUGAUUCGUUGCGCAAACUUUGCCGCAAUUAAACACAAAGACCAAAGGCGUAAGGAUGCAGAAAAGACACCCUAUAUAAAUCAUCCGAUAGGAGUGGCUUAUAUACUAACAGAAGAGGCUGGUGUCACUGAUGUCCAUGUAAUUCAAGCUGCCUUACUUCAUGAUACAGUUGAGGAUACGGACACUUCUUUUGAGGAAUUGGAGGAACAUUUCGGACCAGAAGUUACAGGUCUGGUUAGGGAGGUAACGGAUAAUAAAUCAUUACCAAGUCCUCUACGUAAACUGGAACAGAUCAAGCAUGCUCCUAAUACCAGUCCGAAAGCGAAGCUCGUGAAACUAGCUGACAAACUGUACAACCUUCGAGAUCUGAAUCGUGCAACACCUGAAGGCUGGACCGAGGAACGUGUGCACAAAUAUUUUGAAUGGGCUUCAAAGGUGGUGGCAGGCCUUAGGGGAACAAAUGAAAUUAUGGAGAAAGAACUUGACAAAUUAUUUAAGGAAAGGAACGUUUUAUAGUGGAACAAUAUAUUUGGCAGUUUGUUUUACGCUGCUCAUGAUGAAACUGAAAGUGAUUGAUCUUUGCCAGCAGGAGAGAGCCGGGCCAGUCUGCACAUUAACGUCGUCUGACCAAGCUCGUCAUACUGUAAAUUUUGUUAGCUGCUCAAAUUCAAAUUUUUUAUUUCGAUAUCCCUAAAAGAUUAAUUGGCUGACCCAUAAAUGGGAGAUGGAAAUGUCCAUUUACGAAAUUCAACUGAUCAAGGGGUAGGAUUUGGUGUUUUGAUAAAACUUAAUUUCUGUGAUACUAUUUUACGCAUUGUUGCGAUAUUAUUUUCUCAUAUUUUCCCAAGACUGUGCCAGUCAUUAAAUUUCCAUAUAGAUUAUAAGCUGUCAAAAUGUUUUGGUUAAUUAUGUUAAUGUCUACGAAUUAUGAAAAUUCACCAAAAAUAUAUACAAAAUUGUCAUCUGAUAUCAAUAUCAAUGUAUCGUCAAUAUGCUUUGCUAUGAAUCAAUGACAGUUCUAGAAAAAACCAACAAUACUAUGUUUUUUUGCAUUGACAGUAGGGGCCUUACACUGGCCUCAGGUUGAAAAUGCUAGUAUUUUUUGUUUCCCACCUGAACAACUAGAAAAUUUAAUUAAUUGUUGAUGUUAUAUAUAAUAUAUUUUUUGUUGAUAUUGUAUACAGAGGUCAGUAAACAAAAAUGUUUGUGCGUGUAUAGAUAUUACAUUCCAGUAUUUUGAUAUACACUGCCUUUUCAAAGGCUUUUUGUAUUUUUAUUGUUGUCCUAUUGUUGUAUAGUAAAGAUAUAUUUUUUACACAAAUAAAUCUUGAUGUAUCAAACCUUAAAGGGACUCCACUGAGGCUGUUUUGUGGGGGGG